AUUGUAUCUUGUUUAUCUCCUAACAGGAUUGUGAUGAUGAGAUUUGGUUUGUUGGAAUAGACUUUUUUGUUUAUUUGAUUGUUAUGUUUCAGCCGAUACGGGGCUCGUCGAAGCAUGCCCAAUAGGAUAAACAAAAAUGCCACGGGAUAUUCUUAGUGAUAGCCUUUCAGUGUUAAGUAUUGUAGAGCAUGAAGAUGAAGAGAACUGGCCUCUGGAAGAGAAACCAUCAUGUAGACAAAAUGACAAGAAAGCAAUACACAUUCCAUUGAACAGUCAAAAAACUAAAGAUGACUGUGCAUGCUAUUACAAUUAUGGACUUGGCGACGGCAGCAGUAACAGGCAACUAGACCCUGUAUAUCAGUACAAAACCAGCAGUUUGCCAGCUGCUUCCAGCAUCAAUCAGUCAUGGGAUGAAAUAGUUUGUUCUGCUCUAAGAUUGAGUCCGGAAGACAUUGCAAAUCAACUAACAUUACUUGACCUACCAUGUUUUAAAGCUAUUCAACCAAAUGAACUGACCACUUGCUGUUGGAACAAAGCAAACAAGCAGACUGUGGCUCCAAAUGUAGUUGCAUUUACUAAAAGGUUCAACAGGGUAAGCUUUUGGACCGUACAAGAAGUAUUGAAUGGCCAAUCACCUAAAGCGAGAGCGGAGACCCUGGCACAUUUCAUUAAAGUAGCUAAAAAGUUACAUGACCUUAAUAAUUUGCAUUCUUUGUUCGCUGUCAUAUCUGCGUUGAAUAGUGCUAGUAUAUAUAGAUUGACAAAAACAUGGGCAUGCUUAUCAAAGAAGGAUAAACAACAAUUUGAUAAACUAGCAGAACUGUUUGGGGAAGAAGACAACUGGACAGCCCUGAGAGAAUAUUUGAAAAGCAUAUCUUUACCCUGCAUACCUUUUAUGGGUAUAUUUUUAACAGAUUUGACAUAUAUAAACAUUGCCCACCCAGCUCGUUCACCUCACCGGACCGCCAAAAUGGCGGUAGUUUUAAAAACAAUAGAGAAAUACCAAACAUCGGAAUAUGAUAUUACACCUUUGCCCCAUGUAGCCACAUAUCUCAACAGCGUCCGUUAUAUAGAGGAGCUUCAGAAAUUCCUGGAAGAUGAUCAGUACAAAUUGUCACUAAAGUUGGAGCCGCCUUCGCCCGUCGGCAGCUGCGCCGGCUCCAAGGAGUCGGUGAAAGAGAACGGCGCGGCCGGCGCGCCCGCCGCCUACUCGCUCUCGCCCUCGCACCGGCUCGGCUCCGGCUCGCUCCGCCUUCACACCAACUACAACUCCAAAUUCAUACCUACUCACAGGAAAUGUAGAUCGCUGGGAUCCAAUAUAUUCGGAAAGGGGCAGUCCGACGAGAAGACGCCGGCGGGCUCGGUGAACCUGCUCGACGACACGCUGCUCGAGUCCCCGGGCUCCGUGGCCGGGGACAAGCUGUCCCAUUCCUUGCCGCAUACUAAUCCUACGAAGACGGAAGCUUCAGAAUGUUUGUACGAAGGUUUCGUGAGAAGAAAAAUCGUGUUGAGGGACGGAAAGAAGGUGUCCCUCGCGUCGUGGCAGCGCUACUGGCUCGUGCUGCACGACCAGCAGCUCGACUUCUUUGCCGCCAAGUCUUUUAAGGGCACGAGCCGCGGCGACUUCCGCGACGAGCGCUACAAGACGCUGCCGCUCGAGAGCUGGACCGCCACGCGCGGCGAGUCCUCCGACUCCUUCCAGCUCAUACACCAGCACGGCACGCUCUACAAGUUCAAAACCGGAUCUGAUACUACGGCCAUGCAGUGGUGGAUAAAGAUACAAGAAGUAUCUAACAAGAUGGUGAAACCAUUGCCUGCGAAUCUCAUGCAGUUCGAAUAACCGCCACGGGCGGUGGUUACUCUCUGUCUCACUCUAACUAUCUUCAUAGACGUAUGUCAACUAAAAAUGAUAUACAGUAUCUGCAUCUGACACGGCGACUGUUGCAGCGAUACAAUCCCUUUACUGUCCUCGUGCUUUAGCCUACAUACUUCUCAAAGAAACUGCAUUAUGAUGCAUGUAAGAAGACUCGAGGUCACCACACUGGCGCUCUUUCAUUUGUAUAUUAUUACGCCACGGGGCGUACAGUCGCCAUCAGAUAUAUCGGAGCGGCCAAGGUGCUCACAAAUAUCUGAACA